GCGAAGUUUGCGUAAGGAGAAGUAGCUGGGAGCGGAUGGAGUUCCUCUGUUAUGAACGGGAUGGAGAGGGAGGUAUAAAUAAAUAAAGAUCUUGGGACGCCACCCAAGGAGGGAGGAGUGAAGGCUUGUGACGAGGAGGCUGUAGGAAGAGAGGGAGUGCAAAAAUCGGACAAAUGAAAGGAGGGAAGAAGAGGAAACUUUCUGGGGAUUUCUGAGAACUGCCAGUGGACUUCCCGGACGUAGCUGGACAGAGCAGCGACAGGAUCCAACCGUAUCACUGGGAGGAUAUAGACGGGUGUUUUUUUGUGGCUCUGCUUCUCUUGGCACGACCUCUUGGCAGAGGCAGCGGAUCAGGGCGACUACAAAAGCAGGAAGCGAAACAGGACGGUCCUGUGAGUCACCCAGAGCUGUGCUGAAAAGGAGGCUUUUCGGAAAGAUGCCCAUCCUCAAGCAGUCCCCCGUCUCACACUCCAAGAAGCGCCCCCGUCUGGAUCGGGCCAUGAUCAGUGCCCCUUUGGGGGAUUUCCGACACACGAUGCACAUUGGUCGGGGAGGUGAUGCUUUCGGGGACACUUCUUUCCUCAGCAACCACGGGGGCUCCAAGGCCAAUGGGCUGGCCCCAGAUGACUCCGGGUCUCCAGAGCGCCUCUCUGCUUCCGGAUCAGAUUCUGGCCAUUUUGAACUGCUGUCUCCCCCUGGAAGGGGGAAUGGAGUAGUUCAGAGCCCCGUAACGUCGACCCCUGAUGGGAGCUAUGCGGUUAGGCAGUACCCAGAAAGAGCGGAGCCGCAGACACAAGCGGCCCCUAAUGGAGCAGGAUGGGACCUGCAGCAGAAGAUCUCCUUGGAGAGCCCCACUUUGGAAUAUGGCGAGUCCCUUCUCUCUUUCCAGCUGGAUCUCGGGCCUUCUAUCUUGGAUGAGGUGCUGGGAGUGAUGGAUAAAGACUGGGACAGUUUCAAGGACCAAGAUCAGAUACCACUGAGGAACGAAAGCACAAGCCCAGUAGGGCACCUCCACCAUGUGGUUGAUGAUGAGGAAGAUGCAGAAGAUGAGGAAGAUGAUGAGGACAUGGGACAGGGAUACAGCUUUGAGGACGAGCAGGAUGAAGAGAUUGGGCUAUAGGAGGGAGGGGCAAUGCCGGUCUGUCUCCUUGGUUUUCCCCUCCCACAACACUCCUCUCUGCAGAGUUUCCCAGUAGUGGGCAGCUGGCAGCCCAUGGGCCAAGCCUGUCUUGCAGAUGACCGCUGGUUGGCCUGCCACUUAUCUUUGGCCCUCAAAGAAGCCUUUUAGCUUUAAAUUACGCCUAGCUGACUUCAAAAGGAAGAUGGACAGAGGCAUGCAGGUUGCACUCCCCACCAUGUCUCCUGCACCCACUCAUUUGAGGAAAGGCAUUGGGCUGGUAUCUGGUGCCCAGGUUUAGUGAUGGCAAAUGAAUGAAAGGGGAAGAGAAAGGAACUUGGCCACCUCAGCCUGGAGACUGGCCUUCUGGCCAACCAAGAGAUACAUUACCAAACACUUGCUCUGAAAAACAGGGUUGCAGUGUAUGCUCAAUAGCAGUUGUCCUUUCCCCCCAUUUCUCGUACUCCCUUCUGAUAUGGUGUAAACACUUCUGUGUAUGCGGAAUUGGCACCCACUGAGAAAUGCAUCUUGGUUUCUCACCACCUCGUUUCUGUAGAAUUGAUGAAGUGGCACAAAAGUUGACAUGUUGAGGAAACUCUCUGUCUCUCUUUCUUCUCAUUUUGCCUUCCAUUUCUCAAACUUCCAUCUUUUCUGAAGGGUCCACCAGGGCAGAGAUUCUGUCUUACUCAGCUGUUGUUCUUUCUAGUCUAAUCUGGGAACAGUUUUGGUAGAGAGAUGGGAGGAGUGGGCACAGCGGCAGAUUGGGCUGUUGAAACAGCCCAGCAGUGAGAAUAGCACCCCUGGUUGUUUCUGCUGCUGGCUGGGUCCAAGCCCCAGUGAUGCCCCUAUGGCAUUACUGGGACUCAGCUUGACUUGUUCCCAAUUGACAGCAGUCCCAGUAAGCUGAAGGGCAAUCUGGCUUGAUGGAUGAUAUAGUAACUUAUAUACUGGGAAAUUAAGGGAUGGUCAGAUAGGAGAUACUCUUUUGUUUAUUUCUUUGUCAGUCUUAAUGUAGCAAUCCUUCUGUUUUCCUGCCUAAUAUCUCCUUAAUUGAACUCUUUCAGAAUCUGGGUGGCCAUUCAACUGCCUUCUUACCUGCGUCUCCUUCUUUUCAUCCACCCGUGUAUCCUGGUGUCCUUCUGUCUAUCCCAGGUAUCCAUUCACAGGUUGAAGAGAAGACAGAGGAUGUAUCUGUUUAGUCCACAAUUCUGUUGCCAAAACUGCAAGACAUCUUUGCCGUGGGAUUUCUCUCUCUGACCUAAUGUAAAACUGAAGGGGGGAGGAAGAUGCUAAGGAAUUCAGAGAGGCGGAAGUUGAGGAAAAUGGCUUGCUUUGGGGUGAAGAUAAAAGGGGUGGCAUUUCCUUGUUUAUGUUCUAAAGGUGGCAGUCAAGGGAGGAUUGGAUGGGUGAGUGAAUGAAUUAAGAAUGUUUUGGGCAUAAUGUGAACUGAUUGCUGAGCAGGUUUGUAAGUAAGUGUGCCUGGUACAUUUGAGUAAAAAAUCUCCUCCAGGCUAGGAAGGAAAUCUUUAGUAAAUUGGAAGGAAUUUCCUUCCCCUCCCCCUCCUCCUUCAAUCACCAGCGUUCCACAAAUGACUAAUUCAAAUAUUUUGGGACUUGCUACCAUUUUAUUGUGAGCUAAUAACUUUUGCAUACUUCUUUGCAAAGGAUUAAAUUGGGAAUGCACAGGUAGAGGAGAAAUAACACAUUUUUCUGGAAGCUGUGAUGCAGCCUAGUUGAUUGAUUGGUUUGACCACUGGAACAACGGACUACACCUCCAUCCAUCCAACAGGAACUAGACAGUAUUCUACAUGAGAUGCUUGAAGCCAAAUGCGAUUUAGCAGACUUACUAGAUAUGAUGAUAACCUGGAGCUCGCUGGCUGAUCUGGGACAACAGCCCCUUUUGACCGCUGUGAUUCCAGAUCCCCAUUAAUCAACUUAACUGUCUGUCCUUUGCCCCUUGUUUAUUCUCUGCCUUUUGUUAAAAUGACAUUCCAUGAAACACACAGACGCACUGGGUUUUUUUUAAUCAUCUCUGGACCCGUCUGCACUGAUACCACCAACAGAUAUUUGUUUCAACUCUGGGUGCCUCCAGUCUGCACGUAUUGGGAAGAGCCCAGUGAUAAGCCAUUGGGAGGUGCACCCACUCAGUUCCCCCACGUCAGCAAUGUCUCCCUUCUCGCUCCUCCCUUGGUGUCGCUGCUUGCUUUCUUUCCUGCACUUCCUUAUCCAUCACAUUCCAGCUGUAGGGUGAUAUCUAACCACUGCAUUGCCUAGGGUUUAGUUACCAUUUAACACAGUUCAUAUUGACAAGGUGGUUUAAGAUUUGGGAAAAAUUGGUUGCUUUCUGGGUCCUUUGUAGUGUGCUUACAAAUGGGGAUCUAAUCUAGGCUAGGGGUUUUCCUUUGUGUACUUACUGCAGACUCCUUAAAAUGGAAAAGGGUGUGUGUGUAACGUGUGUGCGCUUGCUUGCAAACAUUUAGCCACUGCUAAAUAACUAGCUUCUUGUCCAUGUGGGCUCUGACCUCUUUCUCCUCUUGCCCAUCUUGAAUAAUAGGGAUGAAGCUUAAAUGUCUCAGGAAGAUGGUCUUGGGCAAUGUUAUCAGUUGAUUUUGUUAUCAGUUGAUGCAUGACAAGUUCUUAAUAUGGCCUAGGGUGUUCUGCUCUACCCAGAUCUCUCUUUCGUCUUGUGAGACAUAAUGGGGUUGGAAGGGGGCAGAGCUAUUAUAUGUGAGUGGAUGAGUGGCAAGAGGCAUACGAUGCUCUGCAGCAAGCUUCUGGGUUGUCAAGAAUGGAACCUGGAAUGAUGGGAAGAGGUUCUUGAGAAGGGAGCUGGCGUGUAAUAUGUUGAACGUGAGGGAGGGGGAUCCAGAACAGUUGGAGGCCCUUUGCGGUUUAGGAAAGGAAGGGAUUUCACUGACUAAGGCAGGCUAAAAGCUAUCCCGGGUGGGUUUUCCAUUGAAGAAGUAGAGCAGAGCCAAUGGGCCUGAGAAAUAGACUCCUGUGGAUUCUCCAAAGCGUUGGUCUCAGCAGAUGCUUCGCAACCUACAAGAGGGCCACAUGUUGGCUACAGGUAGGCUGGACUUGUGGUACCCCUGGCAUUUUCUUGUUUCUUCCUUGUUGCCAUUCAGAUUUCUUAAGAAAGGAGGGUAGGGGAGAUAAACUGAUGUACGAUGAACAAAAAGUUGGUUCCCUCAUUGCGAAUUUGGAUUCAAGAUGAGUUCCACAUCUGAAAUAGUUUGCUCUAAAAGGAGCAGAGCUUUUUAAGCAGCGAGCUGGCAUUCCUGUGAAAGGACCAGUGUGUGAGCAAACAAGAUGGUUGGUGAGGAUGAAUAUAUUUUUUAAAAAAUACUUGCGUAUCUCCUCUUUUAUUCUCUACCUUAUUAUGUAGAGAGUUGGUGCAGCAUAGUGGCUAAGAAACUGAUGUUCCUGGUUCAGAUUUCACUAGGUGGCCAUAGGCAAAACAGUCUUAGCUUUGGUGCCCCCCCCUCCGCUUAAGCUGAAUGGGGUGAAAAAAUCCUACCUUGCAGGGCUGUUGUGUUACAAGAAGACAGUCUGUUUGUGAAGCUCUUUAAACACUCAAAAUGCUGCAAAUGCUAAAGUAUUAUGCAACCUCAAAAUGUUUCCUUUUCUCUCACUUUGGACUGCCCUUAAAACAGGGAAGGUAGACACAAUUUCCUUUUGCAGAGGUUGUGUGUCUCCUUCUCAGAUGCUCUUGAAAGCUGUUUGAAGUAAGCAUUUAGGACUACCAGCCAUUGACUGCAAAAUGAAUUGGGGCUGGGCUGUGACCACCAUUUCCUUGGUGGGGGGCAUCUAUCUGUAUUACCAUUUAUUGUACCCUCCCCUCUUUAUGCCUGAAACCGUCAAUUCCUCUGUUCCUUUGUGACCUUCAUGGUUCAUACAAUAAGAUGGUUCUAUAUAUGUAUCUAUUAUUUUUUUAAUAACUCAUUUUAUGGAUUCCUAUGUAUAAAAUGUCUAUCAUUUCCCCACAUCGUGUUAAUUUUCCUUCUAGUAGCAUAAUAUUUGAAUGGCAACCAAAGUGUUUCAUAUUUCUUGUAAUUAAAAUCAAACUGGUUUCA